UCGGUUCAGAAGAAUAGCUCUUUGGAUGAAUCGGCUGUUGCCACAGCAGACGGUUAUUGUUACAGCGGGGAAACGCCAGGAGAAGGUGUGAGCGCAGGAAAGCAGCAGCCAACCCCUGACUCUGGUAUGGAUAACUUGGAGGAGGACCUUACUUGCUCUGUCUGUUACUCCCUCUUCAAUGAUCCAAGAGUGCUGCCCUGCUCCCACACCUUCUGCAAAAGUUGUCUGGAGAACGUCGUGCAGGUUUCGGCCAACUUCUCAAUUUGGCGGCCACUUCGCCUUCCGCUCAAAUGCCCAAACUGCCGCAGUGUGGUGGAACUGCCUCCAAACGGCGUGGAUGCCCUUCCAAUCAACGUUUGCCUGCGCGCCAUCAUAGAGAAGUACCAGCGUGAUGGUCAGCCCCGUGUCCCAACCUGCCCUGAACAUCCACGCCAACCUCUGAAUGUUUACUGUGUUCAGGACUGUAAGCUCAUAUGUGGCUUCUGCCUUACUAUUGGCCAGCAUCAGGGCCACGCAAUCGACGACCUCCAGACGGCCUACUUCAAGGAACGCAAUACCCCGGCCAAACUUGUUGAGUGUCUGACGGACAGGCGCUGGGAAGAGGUGUGCGGCCUGGUUGAACGGAUAGAGCAAGAAAAAGCCAGAUAUGAAGGCCUGGUCCGUCAAGACCGUGAGGCGGUAGUACAGUUCUUUCAAGGCCUGGAACGUCUUCUCGAUCACAAGAACGAGUUGUUCAUGAAAGCUCUGGAUGCGGUAAACAUGCGGCUGGCCUGUACUUAUGACCCUCUCAUUGAGAAGCUGAAGGACAUGAAGGAGGAGCAGCUAGACCUGAUCUCUAUGUGCUCAUGCGUUGGAGAAGAAGAGUCCCCACUUGCAUUUCUGGAGAAGGUGCACAACUUGAGGGAGAGAGUAGAUGCCUUGACACAGAUGGCACUUCCUGAGGUUCCUGAACUCUACAUUUCACCCCGUGCAGAUGAUUUCCUUGGGGAACACUGGGACAACGUGACCAUCGGAAGGCUGGAAGAUGGCCCAGUGCCUAAAAUCUCCUGCCACGUGAAGGGGUGCUGCACGAAAGGGGCACCACGGUCUAAACUCGGCCGAACAAGGUUUAGGUUUCAGUCGCUGACUUCUUUUGUCUUUCUAGUGGUGCUAUUAUUGCUGCUACUUCUUUUAUGGUUGAACCCUGUGGGUGGGGCAUCCCUUGGCUUCUCAAUUCUAACGCAGAUCAGUCAGGCAGUCAAAAGCCUAACAGCUGAACUGACAUUUCCACUGCAAGGAUCAGGAACAUUCCUCUACUGCAUGCUUCAUGACCUAAGCCUUAAACUGAGCUCCUAUAUUUCUGCUCUGGGAGAAAGCACCUACCAACAUGUAGCCUUCUUUUUUAAAACAAUUCAAUUAUGCUGAGACACAAAAAAUACAUUAAGAAAACUCUAGAAAUAGGGUGCUUUACAAGAUUUUAAGAGUGCUGUACAGUACUGAUCACGUGCAACAAAAAUUCUUUAGCACACAUUCAGUUAAGCCUGACAGCUGAACAGAGGCUGGCUAGUUUAUUCUCAGGAGGAUAAGCCACAACAUAGUACCACCCAUUCCUAUAAAGAUAAAGCAAAAAAAGACACAAAGCAACAGACUAACUCAAAUGAUCUUAACAAUUCAGCUUUAACAGAAUGAAGUCAGUCAUGUAAGAGCUGACAUGAUCUUUGACAUUAACUUACCAAUGUUUUAUAGCACCUUAUUAAAUUUGUUUUACUCUACUUUUUCAUUUCUAACUUUUGCUACUGACCUUUAAUAUUGUAUAUCUGGCUUGAAUGCAGUUGAAUGAACAACCAUUUGUAAA